AUGUUCUCCGAGCUAAAGCGCUACUCGAUUUUGGCUCUUUACACCUGCGCUCUUUUUUUUUCCGUUCCACUCUCACUUUGCAUCUGGUUCGUUCGUCGUGAGCUCUGUACCGAAACUUCCGUCGCUGGCGAGAAGCAGCUCGGAGGAGUUGAAAAUAAGAAGAAGCUCCCUUCCAACGAGUCCGCUACUUGUCCCGAUGUCCAGCUCCACAUUGAAUAA